UUUGCCUGAGAAGUCCAUUGGGUACCUCUAUUGCUAGAUCAUAAAGCCGCUCACCUGCACUUCCUCAAGUCAAUUCACCAUUGCCACCUGUCUCACCGUAUUUGAAACUUCACUUCGGACAUAUCAUCCACUUCCGGUAGAACACCAAGAUGGCAACGAAAACAAUGAAAGCCAUCAAGAUGGUCUCGCAGGGCCAGGCAGAGGUGCAGGAUGCGCCCAUCCCGUCCCUGCGUGACGACUAUGUGCUCGUUAAGGUCAAGGCCGUUGCGUUGAAUCCGACGGACUGGAAACAUGUUGACUACGCCCCGACGCCCGGCGCCACAGUGGGCUGCGAUUUUGCGGGUGUUGUUGAGGAGGUCGGUGCCAAGGUCCAGAAGCCGUGGAAGAAAGGGGACCGGAUUGCCGGCUUUACGCAUGGCUGCAACGAGGCGCAGCUUGAGGAUGGGUCUUUUGCCGAGUACUUGGUCGCAAAGGGGGAUUUGUGGAUGAAGGUCCCCGACAACCUAACCGACGAAGAAGCCGCCACCCUCGGCGUGGGUGUCACGACAGUCGGCCAGUCGCUCUACCAAUCCCUGGGCCUCCCUCUCCCGGACUCCGGUACCAAAGCCGACUGCCCGAUCCUCAUCUACGGCGGCAGCAGCGCAACAGGCAGCCUGGCCAUCCAGUACGCGCGCCUCUCAGGCUGCACCCAGAUCAUCACGACCUGCUCCCCGCGCAACUAUGACUUUGUCAAGUCCCUCGGCGCGCACGUGGCGCUCGACUACCGGGACCCGGACUGCGCCAAAAAGAUCCGCGAGUUGACCAACGAUUCCCUGGCGCACGUGCUCGACUGCAUCACGAGCGACGAGUCGGUGGCCCUUUGCCAGGCCGCUGUCGGGUCAAAGGGAGGUACUAUUGCCUAUCUCCUGCGGGCCAACAAGCAUGAGCGGACCGAUGUGCAGGCCAAGUACCCGCUGGGCUACACCGUCAUUGGCGAGGGCUUCAGUUCGAGUUGGAUGAAGGCCGAGUUCCCGGCCUCGGCGGAGGACUUUGAGUUCGGCAAGGUGUUUUGGCAGCUUAGUGAGAAGCUGUUUGCCGAGGGAAAGCUGCGAGUGCACCCGCCCCAGGUGGAAGAGGGCGGGUUGUAUGGUGUGUUUGACGGGUUCCAAAAGAUGCGGGAGGGUAAGGUCAGUGGGGUCAAGUUGGUGUACAGGGUGGAGGAUACCAACGGACUGGGGGAGCAGAAGUGAGAGCGUUGAGGCGGAGAGGAUCAUGACAGGAGCGAGGGAUUUAUGAAGGAUAGCGUACCUAGGGGGUGUGGACAACGCUGUAAGGAGCGAAUUGCUAUAUGGGGUUCUAAUAUUGAGGAUGCUAAAGAGGAGAGUCCAGAGAGUACUUACUUAGGACGAAGAGAGAGCUAUGCGAUUCCACCAAGCACACAAUGGUGUAGUGGCAGUAAGACGGCAAG